AUCACUGGUGAAUGAAGCAAUUAAUCAAAUCCCUCUAUAAAUGACUUUAAACAGCGCAAAUGUGGUUUCAGUCGAGUGUCAAAUAUGGAAAAGCUCGGUGAGAAGAAGCCCGUCACAGCUGGGGAAGUUUGUUACAAUGUGUUCAAUAACUUGAACCACAUUCUCGUGGGAUUUGUGUGCAUUUACAUCACUUAUGGAUCAUUCAAGACGGGCUACAGCACUCUCACUCUCCACACAAUUCUCUGCACUCUCGGCUAUCAGCUGCUGAUGGCUGAAGGCAUCCUGGCACUGGCUCCUGGAAAUGUCUGGUCUCACUUCUUCACCAGGAGAACCAAGACGAUUCUUCACUGGAUUCUGCAAGCCAUUGGAGCACUCUUCGCUCUCGUCGGGAUGAUUGUUGAGUAUCGCACAAGAAAUCGACACUUUGGCAGUCUUCAUGCCAAGCUCGGCCUGGCUUCUGGAGUCUUCCUCAUCAUCACCCUCGUGAAUGGCAUCACAAAUCUCUACGCCAAGGAAUUGUCUCGCUUCAUUCGACCCGUCUUCCAGCGAUUCUUCCACAAUCUCAUGGCUCUGGCCACAUUCGUCCUGGGCAUGGCGUCACUCUACUACGGUUACGAGAAGCGUUGGGUGAGGAAUAUAGCUUCCGAUGAGAUUUGCUGGAUGCUGAAAAUCUUCGGGUGCUUCACAAUAAUAUUCUCAUCUGUGGCAGCCAUAAGAAAUGGUUACGAGCAACUGAGGAAUAUCGUGCAGAGGGAUUAA